UACAUUUCCAUAGAAGCAACUGGAAAGACCCAAAUUUAGUGAGUACGUAGUUUUCUUACAUUUCCAAAGAAGCAACUAGAAAGAUCCAAAUUUAUUGGGCCGUGCCAUAACGCGCGCAUAAAGCACUCCCCAGGCGCAGUAUGCAAAUUCCACUUUCAACGUCAAAACAAAUUACCGCUUUUUUUUCUGCAACAGCAAUCAUACAUUAUAACAACUGCCGUUAAACAGAAAAUUGAAAAUACGCAGAGAAGACAAAGAGAUCUCCAAGCCUAGGCCACGUCUAGAAUAUACAAAGCUUUGCUGUCAAGCCGAGGUCGAAUCCCAAACUUGCAUAGACAUUAUAAUUGCACCUGCAACGAAAGAGUAAGAAACGGGGGGUUUUUUGUGGAAGAAUUAAUACUAUUUUUUAUUGAAACAAAGAGUCUUUGCAUUGCAAGAAUGUUGUGAUUCGCGUCGGACAAUUUUGAUUGAAGAGAAUUGGUAAAGUUUCAUUUUUUAAUAAAUUCUGUGCAGUUGAUUUGAGUGAUUUCCGUAUAGGGUUUGUCGGUAAAGAUAGGGCGGCAUUUCAUGGCUUGAGUUUUAUAGGAUGAGAAGAAUUAUAUGCUUUUUUAGAUCGAAAGUAAAACGUGGUUUGGAGAGCAGAAUUGAGCUUGGCUAUUUUGUGUUAAUUGAAAAGAUUUCAACCGGUUUGAGACAAUUUUAUUGUAAUUCAAGGGAAUUUAUGUAUUCUGUCAAUUUUGGCAAGGAUUUCAAGCACUUGCGGAUUUAAGGUUGUUGUGUACGAGUUUAAGUAGUUCUGCCGGUUUGUGCUUUUGUAAGCACUUCAGUCGUUUGAAGCAAUUUUGUGCGGAUUUUAAAGAGUUUGGAUGAAUCAAGAAAAGCUCAGGGGAGAGCUACUGUGUAAUAUUGCUGUAGGUUUUUCUCUUUUUGUUCUUUGGAACAUUAAUCUUGAAGACGUGGAGAGGCAGAGAAUUUGAUAAGGUUUUGAGCGGGCUUUAAUAGAUGCGAGAUCGGUAGCCAUGGCUGUGCCUCGGUGCGGGAAGGAGUUGAAACAGGCGUUUGACGCGAUGUACAAAGGUUGUUUUUCAAUUAAUGGGCUAUCUUGGUCUGUUAGAAAUGCAAAUGGUAUUGAGUCGUCAACAGUCUUCAGGCGCUUUGAAUCAGGAGCUUUCCAGAGAGUUUUCCACUAUUUCAAAAAUCGAAGUUGCUAUUCCACUCUAAAUAAAGCAGAAAGGUCUGCAGCAGAGCAUUACGCUUUCAAGCGUGCCUCAGGCAAGGAAGGCACCAGCUCGGGUAGAUUAUUUAUUCCAACAUUUGGGAUUCAAGGAAGGAGCACAAUCAAACAUGGAUUUUGGUCCUGUGGAAUGAGAAAUGUGGGCCAGGGAAGGCGAUUUUAUUACGUGGGCAGGGACAAUUUGCAGCAUUUUAAACGUAGAGGGCCACAAAGCUGGAUUAAAAAUCCUACAAGGGUUGUGAUUAUUGUGAUUCUGAGCUCAGGGCUGGCUAUUAGCAUCUAUUUUUCAAACUUGGAAAUAGUACCAUAUACUCAUCGCAAGCAUUUCAUCCUAUUACCUGCAGGGAAGGAAAAAGAGCUUGGCGAAAGCCAGAUUCAAGAGCUCAAAAAGACGAUGAAGUCAAAGAUUCUUCCUGCCAUUCAUCCAGAAAGUGUGAGGGUAAGAUUAAUUGCCAAGGAUAUAAUACAGGCAUUGCAAAGGGGAAUACGACAUGAGCAAAGCUGGAGUGAUGUACAAUACGGCAAUACAAGAACUGACGUUGUUGAUUCUCCUCGCAGUCAAGAUCCCUGGAGCAUAACUGAUGAGAAUGCCUAUCCUCCAGAGCAGUUGUAUGGCAAAGAUGAAGCACUGGAUGAUAAAUGGGUCAAGGAGAGUCGCGAAUCUGGAAAACAAAGUGGUGAAAAAGUGUCCACCCAUCACUUAGAGGGAUUAAAUUGGGAAGUUCUAGUUGUAGAUGAUGACGUGGUGAAUGCAUUUUGCCUCCCCGGCGGGAAGAUAAUGGUUUUUACUGGAUUGCUAAAAGUAUUUCCAUCUGAUGCGGAGAUAGCAACAGUUAUCUCUCACGAGGUUGGACACUGUGUGGCAAGGCACGCAGCUGAAGGAUUGACAAGUAAUUUGUGGUUUACGAUCAUACAAUUGAUUGUUCUACAGUUUAUUGGAAUGCCAGAUGUUGUGAAUGCAAUGUCAACCCUAUUUUUGAGGCUUCCCUUUUCAAGAAGGAUGGAAAUGGAAGCUGACUAUAUUGGGUUACUUUUAAUGGCAUCGGCUGGAUACGAUCCACGCAUAGCUCCUUCUGUUUAUGAAAAGCUUGGACAAUUAGGUGGUGGUGAUUCAAUGAUUAAAAAUUAUUUGUCUACUCAUCCAUCUGGAAAGAAAAGAGGAGAAAUGCUUAGACAAGCGAAGGUAAUGGAAGAAGCACUUAGUCUUUACAGAGAGAGCAUAUUAGGUCAUGGAAUCGAAGGGUUUCUUUAAGAUUCUCGAAGGCUUUGGAUGCAUUACAUUUGUAAUUGAUAUUUGUUCUUUGACGCAAAGAAUAGUAUUUUACAACAGGUUAUAUAUAAAAUUGGGAAUAAGGCCAUUUCAAAAAGCUAUCUAAAUGUGCACAAAACUUUAUAUCCCUAGAAAUGGUGGAUAUAUGUACUCAUUUAAGUGUAGUGUUUCACAAACCAUCCAUACUGUUUUAUCACAUUGAGUUGGUAGACAAUUCUUUUAUUGUGAUAGAUGAAAGAUAAAGCUCCGAGAAAAUACUUUUGUAAUUGCUUUCAACUUUUCAUUGCCAAUCCAUCUAUCUUUUUGCUGCAA